AUGGCAUCAGCUCUACCUAGGACCCUGGGGGAGUUGCAGUUGUACCGAAUAUUACAAAAAGCCAACCUUCUUUCUUAUUUCGAUGCCUUCAUCCAACAAGGCGGCGAUGACGUCCAGCAGCUCUGUGAAGCCGGCGAAGAGGAAUUUUUGGAAAUCAUGGCCCUAGUGGGCAUGGCCAGCAAGCCUCUUCACGUGAGGAGAUUACAGAAGGCUUUGAGGGACUGGGUUACAAACCCUGGCCUCUUUAACCAGCCUCUGACAUCCUUGCCCGUCAGUAGCAUCCCCAUUUAUAAAUUACCCGAGGGUUCUCCCACGUGGUUGGGAAUGUCCUGCAGUUCUUACGAGAGGAGCAGCGGUGCUAGGGAGCCUCACUUGAAGAUUCCAAAGUGUGCGGCCACCACGUGCGUGCAGAGCCUGGGCCCGGCCAAGCCGGACGUGGUGGGGACCUUGGCGCUCCAGAGCGCCGGCGACUCCAGACUCUGGCAAGGCCACCACACCACCGAGAGCGAGCACAGCCUCUCCCCGGCAGACCUGGGCUCCCCAGCCUCCCCGAAGGAGAGCACCGAGGCGCUGGAUGCCGCUGCUGCUCUGUCUGUGGCUGAGUGCGUGGAACGGAUGGCCCCCACUCUCCCCAAAAGUGACUUGAAUGAAGUGAAAGAAUUACUGAAAACCAACAAGAAGUUGGCUAAAAUGAUCGGUCACAUCUUUGAGAUGAACGAUGAUGACCCGCAUAAAGAGGAGGAGAUUCGGAAAUAUAGUGCAAUAUAUGGGAGAUUUGACUCAAAAAGGAAAGACGGCAAACAUCUCACCCUUCACGAGCUGACUGUUAAUGAAGCAGCCGCUCAGCUCUGCGUAAAAGAUAACGCCCUUCUGACCAGAAGAGACGAGCUCUUUGCCCUCUCUCGGCAGAUCUCUCGAGAGGUCACCUACAAGUACACUUACCGAACUACCAAGUCUAAAUGUGGAGAAAGAGAUGAAUUAUCUCCCAAGAGAAUUAAAAUAGAGGAUGGUUUCCCAGAUUUCCAGGAUACUGUGCAGACUCUUUUCCAGCAGGAUGCUGUAAAAGUCCAGUUAGCACUGGCCAAAGCUAAAGGUGAAGAAUUUGCAGCACUUAAUUCACAGCAGCCUGAAAAGGUGAUGGCAAAACAGAUGGAGUUCCUUUGCACCCAAGCUGGUUAUGAGAGACUACAACAUGCGGAAAGGCGAUUGUCUGCAGGGCUUUACCGGCAGAGCUCGGAAGAGCACAGUCCAAAUGGCUUAAUAGCAGAUAAUUCCGAUGGACAAGUGGGAGAAAGACCCUUGAAUCUUCGAAUGUCCAGUUUACAAAACAGACAGCCUCCACAUUUUGUGAUGGAUGGGGAGCUGAGCAGACUUUAUUCCAGUAAUGAGGCCAAAUCUCAGUCAUCAGAGAGCCUUGGGAUUUUAAAGGAUUUCCCUCACUCGGCUUUUAACUUAGAAAGAAAAGUCAUCAAAACAGAACCUGAAGAUACGAGAUAGCCAUGAUUCUCCCACUGUACUCUGGAAAAAAAAUGGCGCCGGGUCUGAGGAUUAAAGCUACAACACAAAAACAAGCCUUAAUAACCAAUGUUGCCUCAUUCAAGUCAAACAGAUUUCAUAGCCAAAG